UACACAGCGUGUGGAGUUCAAUGACAUUCGAGCUUUCGUAAGUCAGUUCAGUCCUGUAGGGUCCAAAGAUGUCUCUAUCAUUUUUAUUCAGAACAAUUACCAGAGACGUUGCAAAGGUCAGCAUAAGCCAGCAUGUCCAGUCGUUACACACAGGUUGUCACCUUCUGGCAGCAGACAAAGCCCUCCUGAUGAAAUUAAGGAAAAGCACCGGCUACACUUUCAUUAACUGCAAGAAAGCUCUGGAGAAGUUUGAUAAUGACAUAACACAGGCAGAGAGCUGGCUACAUGAGCAGGCACAGAAGGAGGGCUGGAGCAAAGCAAACAAGCUGGAGGGUCGCAAAGCCAAAGAAGGCCUGAUUGGCCUGUUUAUAGGAGAAAAGGCUGCUGUCAUGGUGGAGGUUAACUGUGAGACAGACUUUGUUGCUCGUAAUGAGAAGUUCCAACAGCUGGUCAAGGAUGUGGCGUUUGCUACUCUGGCUCACCACCAGAAUAGAACCCAAAGCCAGAAAGGAUAUGUGAAGAGUGUCCUGGUGGGUGAGGAGUUAAACAAACUCAGUAUGGAUGAAGGAGUUUCACUUGCUGACAAGGUGGCUCUCACAAUAGGUCGCCUCGGUGAGAACAUGUCAGUGAGGCGGGCGGUGUCAUUGGGUGUCCCUGCUGAGUGGCACAUCGGCUCAUACGUACAUGGUGGUGUGAGCGACCAGACUGAGGUGGCUAUGGGUCGGUAUGGCUCCCUGGUCGUAUUCCAGGGUGGAAAAGAGGGAGAACAGGAAGUUCUAGGGCGUAAGCUGGGACAGCAUAUAGUGGGAGAGGCCCCUGAUUCCCUGGGCAACAUGGAUGACUUGCCUUGCGGUGAAAGUGAGACACGCCUGCUGCCUCAGACCUUCCUGGGAGACCCCAGCAGGACCGUGGCACAGUUCCUGAGGGGUCAACAGGCUCGAGUGCUGGACUUUGUCCGAUUUCAGUGUGGUGAGACGGCCAGUGAAGAUGCAAAGUGAAGGGAGGGAAGCCAUUAAUUUAAAAGGAAUUGACAUGUGUCUUAAUGUAAUAUGAAGAUGAAAUGCAGCUACCCAUUUAUUCUUUAACAUCCAGACAGUCACACAGUGUCGUCAUGAAUUGCAAAGCAGAAUAUGUUCAGAAGGUUUACCUGCAGUGGUGCCUGAUGAAAUCACAAGUCCAACAAUAAAAUUAUUUUCUUCCUCUGUGGAAGUCCAGAUUAA